AUGUGGAUACCGCUUACUACAAAUGGGUGUCUCUUUCAUUUGGCUUAUCCGCUCGCAGAUAGAAAAAACAUCUAUCCACCUUUGUUGAAAGCACCGGAAAAUAACGAACGAUCAGCACCAACGUUUUUCAUUUUAUGGUUGAUAUUACGGCUGAUCACAUUCAUUGGUGUUUCUCGCCACAGUUAUCGUUAUUAUGAUGAUAUGUUGUACUCAGCUUAUCAACGAUUCGUUCUUUUCUUCUUCGAAAGUUGGUCUCAGGUUAAAAUUUACUUUCACGGUGAUUAUGAAGAAAUUUUCUGUCGAAAGGAAAAUGUUUUAUACAUAUCCAAUCAUCAAAGUUCUGUGGAUUGGAUCAUUGUCAACAUGUUGGCUAUUCGCCAGGGUAGCCUGGGACAUAUUCGAUAUGUUCUGAAAAGUGAUUUGAAACGAAUUCCAUUCUAUGGAUUCUAUUUUGAACAACACGGUUGCAUUUAUGUCCAUCGAACUGAUAAAAAAGAUCUCGAUCGUGUCGAGAAAGGCAUGCGUCAAAUCGAACGCAACGGAUUGCCUGUCUGGCUUGUUGUCUUCCCUGAAGGCACUCGUUAUAAUCCAGAAAAGAAUCCUGAGAUCAUCGAACGAUCACGACAGUUCGCAGAGAAAAAAGGUAACGAAACAAAGCGCAAUGCGAAUCAUCAUCCACAUGCCUUAAAUCGCUUUGCAGGUGUCUCACCUUUGAUUAAUCAUCUGUAUCCACGAAUGGGUGCAACGGUAGCUGCAAUAAAUGCUCUCAAAGAUAAACUUGAUGCUGUUUAUGACAUCACAGCUAUGUACUAUCCAACAUAUGAUAAUCAUCGACGUGUACGAUUAGGUGCAUCAUCAAUGAUUGAAUAUUUACAAGGAAAAACCAAAGAAUUACAUAUUCAUAUCAAACGAAUUCCGAUCAAUUCAGUCCCAUCGGAAAGCAAUGAACAGAUCUCUGAUUGGCUCUACCAGCGAUUUCUAAUCAAAGACAAAUUAUUAGAACGCUUUUAUGAUCCAAAUCGAAACGAUUCACAUUUUGAUUCAAAUGGUAAAAGCGUUCGUGCUCAAUCUACUUUCAAUUUAACCAUAUUCGCGGCAAUCUUUUUCCUUCUAAGCACAUUUCUCUUAGUAAUUAUCCCACAGUACCGAUCGUUCUACGUCAAAAUGAUCAGUUCUCCUAAUCACGUUGGUAAUGAUGAAGACGAUAAAUGCGUGCCACGUGCUGCUGUGCAUAAAAUGAUUAAAGAUUGUACUCGUCAGAUACGGGUGUCGAGUGACGCGAAAGAAUUCUUCGUUCAAUGUUGCAAUGAAUUCAUUCAUACGUUAGCCUUACAAGCGAACACAGUUUGUGAACAACAGACAAAGAAACUUGUCCAUCCGGAUCAUGUUAUUACAGCAUUGGAAAAACUCGGUUUUGCUUCAUAUCGACCGAAUUGUCUAGAUGCAAUGAACAAAGCGCAGACUGAAUUGGCACAAAAACGCCGUAAACUUCAUAGAAAAUCGACAUCGAUCUACACCGAUGAAGAACUAAGACAACAACAGGAACUUUUGUUUCAACAGGCUCGAGAAGAAGCACAACAAGUCGAAGAAGACGAUUGGACACGAACGCAAGAAAUGUCCAAGGAAGUUCUACGAAAAAAGAUCGAAGCAUCCCGAACUGAUGAUGAUAAUUACGACGAUUGA